UUCCCUCCAAAAAAAAAGUCCCUUUUUUUUCUUUUUCUCUCUCCUCCUUUUUCGCCUCCCCUCUCUCUCUCUCUUAGGUUUCUCCCUAAACUAUUCCCUUCGAUUCCCCAAAUCUCUUCGAUCAGAGCUGCGUUUCUUCCUUAAUCCCCUCAUUUCGUCGUGUUUUUUCCUUUGUUUUUCUCUCUUUAUUCGAAUUUCUAAGUUUUCGGAACCUUGAAGCUGAAGAGCUUGCCUUCUGUAGGUAGGAGGUAGAGAGACAUAAAAUCGAAGGGAAUGCUGAUGGGCUUCGCCGGAAGAAGCUUUUUGUGAUGAUCGGGGUGGAGAAAUUUGAGUGGAUUUCGAUCCAUGGUGGGUCCGGAUCUGACGGAGCGGGAUUGAUGCGUUGGGAGUUCGGUUUCCCUGGAUUCUGUGCUUUCUGAGGGAUCGGACUGGUUGUUGAUUGUCCGGGGUUGGAUUGGAGGUCGGAUUGGGCAAGCUGGGGAUUGGAGGGUGGGCGUUGAUGAGGAUUUGGUGCGGGGAGGAGGAAAAGUUUGCGGCUUCACCAUGUAUUUCACCAAGCUCGAUGAUUCUCCCAUGUUUCGAAAGCAGGUUCAAUCAAUGGAAGAAAGUGCCGAAUCAUUGAGGGAAAGGUGUCUAAAGUUUUAUAAAGGCUGUCGCAAGUAUACAGAAGGACUUGGUGAGGCAUAUGAUGGGGAUAUAGCUUUUGCAAGCUCUCUUGAAACAUUUGGGGGAGGGCAUAAUGACCCCAUUAGUGUUGCUUUUGGAGGACCUGUUAUGACCAAAUUUACAAUUGCCUUGAGAGAAAUAGGGACGUAUAAAGAAGUCCUACGGUCCCAGGUCGAGCACAUGUUAAACGACAGAUUGCUGCAAUUUGUAGAUAUCGAUCUACAUGAUGUCAAGGAUGCUCAUAAGCGUUUUGACAAGGCUAGCCUUCUCUAUGACCAGGCUCGUGAGAAGUAUCUAUCACUGAAGAAAGGCACAAAAGCAGAUAUAACUACUGUUCUAGAGGAUGAACUCCAUAGUGCAAGAUCAUCAUUUGAACAAGCCCGUUUUACUCUGGUUACUGCUCUUUCAAACAUCGAGGCAAAGAAGAGAUUUGAAUUUUUAGAGGCUGUUAGUGGAACAAUGGAUGCUCAUCUUCGUUAUUUCAAACAAGGAUAUGAACUACUGCAUCAGAUGGAACCAUACAUCCACCAGGUUCUGGCUUAUGCACAACAAUCAAGAGAACGGUCUAACUAUGAGCAGGCGGCUCUUGUAGAGAGAAUGCAAGAAUUCAAAAGACAGAUUGACCGAGAAAGUCGAUGGUCUUCAAAUGGGUCACAUGAUUCUCCUAAUGGAGAUGGCAUACAAGCUAUUGGCAGAAGUUCUCAUAAAAUGAUAGAGGCUGUGAUGCAGUCAGCUGCAAAGGGAAAGGUUCAAACUAUUCGCCAAGGUUAUCUUUCAAAACGUUCCUCAAACUUGAGAGGUGAUUGGAAGAGAAGGUUUUUUGUCCUUGAUAGUCGAGGAAUGCUGUACUACUAUCGCAAGCAGUGGAGCAGACCAUCUGGAGGUCAUUCUAGUCAGAGAAGUCACAACUCAUCCGAACAGGGUUCUGGGUUGCUGAGCCGGUGGUUCUCCUCUCACUAUCAUGGUGGUGUACAUGAUGAGAAGUCUGUUGCACGCCAUACUGUAAAUCUGCUCACUUCAACAAUAAAAGUUGAUGCAGAUCAAUCAGACUUACGUUUUUGCUUCAGGAUUAUUUCACCGGCGAAGAACUACACUUUGCAGGCAGAGAGUGCAAUGGACCAGAUGGAUUGGAUUGAAAAAAUAACUGGAGUUAUUGCUUCUCUACUGAGCUCCCAGUCACCUGAACAGCGCCUCCUUGCCAGCCCUACAAGCAGCGGCCAUCAUCGAGUUGCCAGUGGAAGUAGCUCACUUGGUAGCUCAUCUGAUUUUGAUCACUUAAAUGAAGACUCCUCAUUGGACAGGAACUUUAUGAGUGGGCAUUCUGAGCGUCCUGGCAGAAGCUCACAGCAGCAUAGGUUUAAUGCAAAGCAUGAGAAACCAAUUGAUGUGCUAAGAAAAGUAUGUGGAAAUGACACUUGCGCUGACUGUGGUGCUUCUGAGCCUGACUGGGCAUCCUUAAACCUCGGCGUCCUGGUAUGCAUUGAGUGUUCUGGGGUUCAUCGAAAUCUUGGUGUGCACAUAUCUAAGGUAAGAUCUUUAACUCUUGAUGUCAAAGUAUGGGAACCUUCUGUUAUCAAUCUGUUUCAAGCUUUGGGCAAUACAUUUGCCAACUCCAUCUGGGAAGAAUUAUUGCCAUCAACAAGUAACGGAAAAUGUGAAGACAUUUCUAGUUUCAGUAAGUUAGACAAGAAACAACAUCAGACAUGUAUCAGCAAGCCCAAGCACUCAGACCCUAUUUCAGUAAAAGAGAAGUUCAUUCAAGCAAAGUAUGUAGAGAAGGAUUUUGUUCGUCGAGCAAAUAGAGAUCAGCAUACAGUGGCUCAAGAGAUGUGGGACAGUAUCUGUGCUAAUGACAAGAAAGCAGUAUAUCACCACAUCAUUUCUUCAAAUGCUGAUGUCAAUGUUGUAUAUGGGCAGGGAUCUUUCAACUCACCUCUAACUCUUGCAAAAGCAAUGCUUAUGCAAGAGCAGCCAACUGCAGUACUGGAUCGAAGUUCUAGCUGUGUGGUAGGUGAUUCCCUGCAGAAGAAUUCCACCAUGAGCUCUUUUAGCUCGGUAAGCACAAAUGAGGACAGAAGUGAGUUGGAUGAAUGCCUUGAGGGCUUCUCCCUACUUCACCUUGCAUGCCGAACAGCAGAUAUGGGUAUGGUAGAACUCCUUUUGCAGUAUGGUGCCAACGUAAAUUCUACUGAUUUUAGGGGAAGGACGGCACUUCAUCAUUGUAUUCUUAAAGGAAGACAUUUGUUUGCCAGACUACUUCUUUCCAGAGGGGCCAACCCAUAUGCUACUGACAGAGAUGGCAAAACCCCCCUGCAGUAUGCAUUAGAGACUGGAAACAUUGAAGACGAAGGGGUUCUUAUUCUCUUGGAGGACCCCGGCAGAUAGUGUGAAAAUCCAGAGGAUGAUUUACUUGGAACUACAUUUCAAAAGUUUUGGGUCAAUCACAGCUAAAGCAUUUGGCCUACAGGCGCAGAUGGCUUAUCACCCAUGAUUUGUGGAUGCCCAUGCUUAAAAAAUCAAAUGGCUCCUCUGGUUCUGGGGAUGGAAAGCAGGAUAUGGUUCUGGUGCUUCUGUAAUGGAAGGUGUCUGCUUAUUUAUUCAGUCUGGUUUUGUUUGCAGCUGCAUGCAUUGUAUGAGUCUUGUACAUUGCCUUGUUUUGUUUCCCAAGUUUAUUUAACUUGUUCUUUGGUCGACCUUGAUUAGACACCCUCCUAGUAGUGGGAAUUUGUAUAUAUCUUUGUUCCAUGAUAACCUAUAGAUUUAGGAGAAAUGCAGUGUUUGUUAUCAUUUGGAUUUCUCCUUUGAUUCAGUAUAGGAAGCAAUCUGGUUUAUCCAAGCCAACACUCUUGGUGUGAACUGUGAUCCUCUGCUCAUAAAAAAAAAAGGAUAACAUCUAUGUUUGUGCUAUUUUUUGAUAGGUCAGCAGUAUUAGUGUAAACAUAUAAAGCUGGUGAAAAGAAGAGGAAACUUGAUGCCUUUAUAACUA